GUUGUUUUGUAUCUCAAGUAGUAUUAACACCUUAUAAAAAACCAAAAAAAAAAUAAUAAUAAAGCUAGAAAUUGGCGUUGAAUUCUCUAUAAGAGUAUAAAGAAUAAUAUGGGAUUGUAUAGUGGGCGUGCGGGCUUUAUUAUCCGAAUAAUUCGUUCCCGUGGGAGGUAGAAAUUCAGUUGUCGCCUUUCUUGACGUUUUGAAACCAAACCAUGUGGUGUCAUGUACCCUAACAACGUGGGGAAUAAUCAAGUAAGCCAACCAACAACACACAAAAACCCCCAUGCCCUUCUUUCUAUCUAUCCUUCCAUCGCGGGUAUUCGUCUCUCGGCUCUUUUGUUUGUUCCAUUUUUUCUCAGCUUUGAUCGGUUCAGCCCCAGUCUAACCCCCCCUUGCAACCUUUUUUUUUGGUGGGGGGGGAACGUUUGA